UAUCAUAUCUUUAUUAAAAUUGGUGGUAACUAUAUGAGGUUAAAAUAAUUUCAUAAGGAUUUUAGGAGUUUGACUAAAAAUUCACGUCGUUCGACGUUGUUGGUAUGUCCGCCUUCAUAGAAGAGACUACAAAUCGCCUUUUACCAAGGAUAGUAUUGAUAGCAUGCGGUUCUUUUAGCCCGCCAACGCCGAUGCAUUUGCGUAUGUUUGAAAUAGCUAAAGAUCAUUUUGAAGUCAAUGGUACACAUAAAGUAGUAGGUGGAAUCGUUUCGCCCACUCAUGACGGUUAUGGCAAAAAGGGCUUGGCUGCAGCCAAACAUCGCUGUGCCAUGAUCAAACUGGCGUUGCAGUCGUCAUCAUGGAUUCGCUUGUCCGAUUGGGAAACCCAACAAGAUGGUUGGUCGCGAACAAAAUCAGUGCUGCAGUAUCAUCAAAAUUUCAUGAACAAUUAUAUAAAUUCUCCAGAUGUUACGGCCACUAUGAGUGGCUAUGAUUGUUUGCCAGGCUGGCUGCCAGCUAAUUUACGUGUAAGAAAGGAUCCCGUACAAUUAAAGUUGCUGUGUGGUGCUGACAUGUUAGAAUCUUUCGGCGUUCCGGGCUUAUGGUCAGAUGCGGAUAUUGAGGAUAUAGUUGCUCAUCACGGUCUGGUUGUUGUAACUCGUAGUGGAGCUAAUCCAGAAAAAUUUAUUUUCGAUUCCGAUGUCCUGACUAAAUACCAGCGUAAUAUUACUUUAGUUAUAAAUUGGGUGCCGAAUGACGUUAGUUCCACCGUGAUACGGAGACUAUUGGCUAGGGGUCAAUCGGUCAAAUAUCUCAUUAAUGAUAUGGUAAUAGAAUACAUCAGGCAAAAUGGAUUAUUUCAAUGUAAAACUAAGUAUUUAUCUCCCCCUUUGGAAUAUAAUAUAUCUAACGUUUUAUUUCUUAAUCAACAAUAUAUUAACGCACAAAAUUUGUCGAAUGAGCAAAUACUCUGUGAUGACGAUCACCAUAUGGUUAAAACAGAUUUACUUUUAGUAAAGAAUUUAAUGCAUAGCAAUCCUUUAGACAAUUGUAGGAGUUCAGGGAUACUUUGCUGUGGUGACAAACAUAGCCUAAUGAAUAAACAGUUGGAGAAAACCCUGAACAAAAAUAAGCCAUCUGCUCCAGGUCAGGCAGUUCAGGUCAUUGCAGCUCAAAGUAGUGCGGAAUUUAUCACCACGUCUGUAUCGCCAAACGAUGAGAUAAAUACGAAGAAAUGUAAAGUGGCUGAUGUUUAAAAUGGAACGUUUUAUGUUGGUUUCGUGAGCUUUUUGGGACUGUGCAUGCGUCUGAUUAAUUUUGUUUUUUGUUUAAAAUGUGUUUCGUGUAUGAAGCAAAAGAGUAAAAUGAAUUUAACAUCGGAACAUCAUCCUUUUUGUCUGGAUGUGUCAGAAUUGAAUCAAUUUUAUCUUGCACAUGGCAAUUUCUUCUUUUCGUUUGUACAUUUUUUUGCAAUCCAUUUUACAAUAAGAAUCAAUUAGGCCAAUCUUAAAUUUACACUAACAAAAUUUAAAAUUUUUAUAUACAUGUGCAACUUAUUUUAAUUUUAGAAUGAUUUGAGAAUAUAUACAUAUUAGCAUACAUAUUUGCAUUCAAAUUCUAAAUAACAGAUCUUAAAAUGAUAUCUUUUUAGUUUAUUUGCCUGUUCACUAUCGUCCAGCAAACCUAUUGUGAGUAAGUUUGAAUUAUUGCUAAGUUGGUCAACGUACCGAAAAUUGAAGUUGACAAUUUCGUCUUUUACUUUGGAAAUGUCUAAAACCUUAUGAACGUGUUUUUUUAUCAUAUACUAUGCAGUACCUGUGAUUAAUCUUAGUGUCUUAGAUUGGCAACGCUGAAUAAUUCCAGUGUUUGAAUUCUUCGCAGUAUACCAAAGCUUGUAUUCCAUCUGUGCAAACGGUUUUCUGGAUUGUUUUGUUUUCGAGACUAAACUUUGAUUUUUGAUCUAUCAGCCAGCAUAGCUGAAGCUUUGCUUUUAUUUCCAAAUACGCUUCUUUUGCCUUUAUGUGACUUCCCCACGUCAAUGUUCGAUCUAGGCUCAUAUGUUGCUAUUUAAUGCAGUUCGAUUCAAGAAUUUGGACACCGUUAUGAUCUAGGAUAGGCUUUUUAAACUGAAUAUGACGUGCGUAGAUUUUUUAGCAAUCCAUUUUUUUUUGCCAUCUUAACCCAUAAAUGAACGAAUUUUUAAAUAAAAAAAUCAAAAAUUGAAAUCCGACCGUCUUUUCAUAUAUCCGCACACUGCAAAGUAUGAGAUGCUCCUCUAGUAACAAUCUUGUCUUUCGCUGAAAAGUCAGCAUCAUGGUGAAAAAUUGUUUCUUCAUGAGAUGUAGAUAACAAAAUAACGAUUUUUUUUAAAUUGCAAACAGUUAUCACAAAAAAGUUCGAUGGGUUUGUUUGAAUAGCAUAGAGAUUUUUGAAGAAAAUCAGGAGUAAAAUAAUGGAGGAAGCAUUUGUAUAGCGUAUGUAAAUUGGCUACGUUCGGAUCUAAUGUGUUGAUUUCGUGGGCUUUUUAGAGAUAUUAUAUGGCAAGUGUUCUUUUUUACAGACAAGACAGCGUCCGUUAAAUAAUUUUCUAAAGUUAUUUUGACCUUCAUCUGGGACAGCGCUUUCUUGAACGCCUUUAAGGUCCUCUUCUUCCACCAAAUGUCACAUGGUUUCUCUAAAGCUCAUGUAAAGUUCAUUCUCGUCAUUCUGUUUUUAGAUCUUUUUACAAGCAAGUUAUUAGGUAGAACAUUACGAAUGCGGGUUUGCCUUUACCAUUUAUAGGAAUUUGGUUUCUUAGAAUGUUGAUUAGUUUUCGAGAAUGUUCAAGCCAGCCAUCAAAUGUGGAAUUUUUGUAACAGUAGUAAUAACUUGCACGAUUAGUGAUCAGCAGGACCGAUUUUGCGUAUUGAUGUUUUUCUACUUCACAAAAGAAUUGUGCUUUUCUUGCGUACGUUUCUCAGUAUAAACAAUAAUAUAAGUAUUAUUCGUUAGACUUUCCUUGUUUCUCCCAAAAAAAAAGUGUCCUGCAUGUUUUUAUUAAUUUUUUACAAAUGAUCGUAAUGCGAAACAACCGGCGAAAUGAAAUUUUGCUCAGAUAGAGCGCAAACAAUGGCGGAUAGAAUAGGUAAAAUUAAAAAUAAAAAAGUAAGAACUUCGAAAUUUCGUAUACACGGGUAAAGGGAACAUUCUUUUAUUUUUUUAUGGAAAUUUUAAUUUAUUAAUUUUGUUUUUAAUAUUUUAGGUCUUGAGUUGUCAUUCUUUAGCGGUAUUUAUAGACCUUCAGUUGGAUUUACUGAA